GCACUCGGUGUCACGACGGAGGAGACUCAGGCAGGCCGCGCUCCCGCCUCAGCCACCCCUCGGCUCAUCGUGGAGCUCUGAACCUCCUUUCCAGCGCCCCCAGCCGCGGGGCCAUCUACCCAGACUCGCACCAAACUUUUCCGCCCUGGGCUCUGGAUUCUGGACUCUGGGGCCUCCCUGCCCGCCCCUUUUCUGGGUUCUAUCUCCAGCCUCUCUACUAAGAGCCAGCAGCCCCCCUCCUCGAGUCCCUCCCUCUCUCUGCAGCCUUUUUUGGGGAGGGGCUCUCCACGCUCCGGAGAGUUCCCAAGGGUCACCCGAGUUGCGCUGCCUUUCCGUUUCGCCUUCACCUGGAUAUAAUUUCCGAGCGAAGCUGCCCCCAGGAUGACCACGUUGGCCGGCGCUGUGCCCAGGAUGAUGCGGCCGGGCCCGGGGCAGAACUACCCGCGAAGCGGGUUCCCUCUGGAAGUGUCUACCCCCCUUGGCCAGGGCCGAGUCAACCAGCUUGGCGGCGUAUUCAUCAACGGUAGGCCGCUGCCCAACCACAUUAGACACAAGAUCGUGGAGAUGGCCCACCAUGGCAUCCGGCCCUGCGUCAUCUCGCGCCAGCUGCGCGUGUCCCACGGCUGCGUCUCUAAGAUCCUGUGCAGAUAUCAGGAGACGGGCUCCAUACGUCCUGGUGCCAUAGGCGGCAGCAAGCCCAAGCAGGUGACAACACCUGACGUGGAGAAGAAAAUUGAGGAAUACAAAAGGGAGAACCCGGGCAUGUUCAGCUGGGAAAUCCGAGACAAAUUACUCAAAGACGCGGUCUGUGAUCGAAACACCGUGCCCUCAGUGAGUUCCAUCAGCCGUAUCUUGAGGAGUAAAUUUGGGAAAGGUGAAGAGGAGGAGGCAGACCUGGAGAGGAAGGAGGCAGAGGAAAACGAGAAGAAAGCCAAACACAGCAUCGACGGCAUCCUGAGCGAGCGAGCCUCAGCACCACAAUCAGACGAAGGCUCUGACAUUGACUCUGAACCAGAUUUACCACUAAAGAGAAAACAGCGCAGAAGCCGAACCACCUUCACCGCAGAGCAGCUGGAGGAACUAGAACGUGCUUUUGAGAGAACCCAUUAUCCUGAUAUUUAUACCAGAGAGGAACUGGCGCAGAGGGCGAAGCUUACCGAGGCCCGAGUACAGGUCUGGUUUAGCAACCGCCGCGCAAGAUGGAGGAAGCAAGCUGGGGCCAAUCAACUAAUGGCUUUCAACCAUCUCAUUCCUGGAGGCUUCCCGCCCACGGCAAUGCCGACUCUGCCAACAUACCAGCUAUCGGAGACCUCUUACCAGCCCACAUCUAUUCCACAAGCCGUGUCGGACCCCAGCAGCACCGUUCACAGACCUCAACCGCUUCCUCCGAGCACCGUACACCAAAGCACUAUUCCUUCGAACCCAGACAGCAGCUCUGCCUACUGCCUUCCCAGCACCAGGCAUGGAUUUUCCAGCUAUACAGACAGCUUUGUGCCUCCGUCGGGGCCCUCCAAUCCCAUGAACCCUGCCAUUGGCAAUGGCCUUUCACCUCAGGUAAUGGGACUCCUGACCAACCACGGUGGAGUCCCCCACCAGCCCCAGACUGAUUAUGCGCUCUCCCCUCUCACUGGGGGCCUGGAACCUACCACCACCGUGUCAGCCAGCUGCAGUCAAAGACUAGAUCACAUGAAGAGCUUGGACAGUCUGCCAACAUCUCAAUCCUAUUGUCCACCCACUUAUAGCACCACGGGCUACGGUAUGGACCCUGUCACAGGCUACCAGUAUGGACAGUAUGGACAAAGUGCCUUUCAUUAUCUCAAGCCAGAUAUCGCUUGGUUUCAAAGUUAUUUGAACUUGUUGGACAAAAGCAAUGAAACAGAGGAAGACCUCGAGCAAGAAAAGACAAAUGCAGCCUUUGAAGGCCACAUAGCAGAAUAUCCCAGAUCUUUAGUGCCAAUGAUCAAGGAGCUAAAACAUUCCAUUUGUGUGUGUGUGCACGCGCAUUAGCACGUGUAUCUGAGAUUUUUCUGGACGGGUUCGGGCAAGCAGAAUGUUCUAAAAUACAUUAGGAGAAUGUGCUAAAGUAUAUCAUAUCCGACAUCCAAUGCUGGCAUUUCUACAAGUUUAAAACUGCUCACUUCUUGAAGCGGGCACAGAGAAAUCCUUCACUUCUACACACUGGAAAUUGAUAUAAAAAAUGCCAUCCUUUUAAGGAAACGAGUCUAGAUGGAAAGGACCUCCCAAAUAAAUUGUCAUGGUGUCCGCCUUUGUAAUCUCACUGUCAAUAAAUGUCCCUGAUACGUCUUGCUAACAGGAUACGGGGAUAACAGG